UGACAAAGUGUAUUGAAACUAAUAAGAAAUAACUUUGCAAUAAACACACACUAAUCACAAGACGGAAGCUUCUUUGAACAGCUGAGUAAAAAUUGCGUUAUCAGCUUACUCACUUCAAGUCAUCUACAGUGCUGAGCACAUCUUCCCCUGAUAACAACAUGGAACUGAUUCAUCUACUCUUCCUCACAACCCGGUUCGCCGUCCGGCAGGACGUUGUGUGGGACAUCCGGUGCAACACCGGUUCGCCAAACAUUUGCGAGCUGAUCGACGUCACGCUGACCGCGGACAUCGCCGACCUGCGAACCUUUUUCCCCGCCACCAAUCUCCGGAUGAUCGACGGCUGGAUUCCGGUGUUUGAUGCGACGAUGGCCGGGAUGCUGCGCAAGGAGACCAAAGUUCUCGUCAUCAUGCGGUGUUACGUGCAGUACUUUGUCGUGCGAGAGAUGCUGAAAGUGUUGAUUCUUACGAGCAAUGCGAUUAGGAAUGUUAGAUUGAUCGAAACUGGGGAUGAAUUUGAGAUGGAGUUCAUGAAACUUGAUAAAAAUCAAAUUUCGGACAUUUCAUUUGUGUCCCGAAUGGAAAAAUUACACUACCUUGAUGUUUCAGAAAACAAGUUGCAAAUUCUAAACAUAGAAUUAUUCCAAAACCUCAAAAAUUUAAGUUUACUCGAACUGAGGGAAAACCAAAUCCAAAAGAUUGAAGCGUCUUCGAUGCUAACCUUCCCAGUCAAGCUCUUUGGAAUUGCAAACAACCAAAUCGCAGAUCUCAACAUUAAAAACUGGCGUGCCCCAAACAUAACCUCAUUCAGCGUCCAGGUCAACAAGCUGCAGUCCAUCAACACCGUUCAACUGCUCGAAGCGUUCCCUAGAAUGUCAAGCUUCCAGUACGACGAAAAUCCGUGGAACUGCGAGCGCCUUAAGUCGCUUCAAUUUUACAUAAAAAUGCGACCCCACAAGGUGUACAACUUUACGCGAAGAUUUGCCACGUGCCAUGACCGGGAUAUGGUCAACAAUGUGGCGCUCAAACUGCCGGAACUGAUCGAUUUGUCGGAGAGGAAGCUGGGAGAUCUGGGAGGACGGAUUCGGCAACUCAUUGAAGGUAACGGGGAAGGGAAGCAGCUUGCAAGUUUGCAGUUUAGAGUUGCUAAAACGCAGCAAAUACUUGGGAAGAUGUCCACUGGACUAGGGAAGUUGGAAAAUACUCAUGAUAAAAUAAAAAGAAACGUCGAUUGGUUAGAUUUUUUUGACAAGCUGAACUGGUGAAGAAUAUUUUAAUGAAGAUUAAAAAUUAAGCAAAA